CAAAAGGAUUUUCUGUACCGAAGUAAGCAAAGUAAUCGCACGUCUUCUGUGUUUCAAAGUUUCGUUUGUAAUAUUACUUUUCAAAACCCGGACGCUGUAGUGAAUGUGGUGGUAUCUCCCCAUCUUAUCGAUGAUGCUACGAUUAUACACGGCUGUCAGAUAGAUUUUAUCAGCUGUCACACUCCAUUGAAGUCAGGCUACACACAAAGCCUCAGCAUGUCAAGGAAGCAAUCAGGGAAACCUGGACGUGGGAAUAAGAAAUGUGAUUUGGAAAGAAAGAGGGAUGAGCGUGCUGCUCGCAGGGCUCUGGCCAAAGACCGUAAGAAUCGACCUCCAGGAGAGGACGAAGGAGAGGAAUUCGUCAGCUUCUCCAACCAACUGAAAGCUCUCUGUCUCAAACUCAGAGAGGUUCCUGGAGAUGGAAACUGUUUGUUCCGAGCUCUUGCUGACCAGUUGGAGGGACACUCACGAGAACACUUGCGCCUGCGUCAGGAGACUGUGCAGUACAUGAUGACACAUCGUCAGGACUUUGAACCUUUUGUUGAGGAUGAUGUACCAUUCACUAAACACUUGUCGAACCUCGCACAGCCAGGCACAUUUGCUGGUAAUGAUGCAAUAGUGGCCUUUGCUCGCAGCCAGCAAGUGAAAGUGGUGAUCCAUCAGUUGAAUGCGCCAUUGUGGGAGAUAAAUGGAUCAGAGAAACCGUUAUGUCGGGAGCUUCAUAUUGCAUAUCGUUACGGUGACCAUUACGAUAGUGUCCGGCAUAUUGCAGACAACUCGGAAAGUCCUGCUCAUCUGCGCAUAGAGACUAUGAAUAAUUCAAGACAUUUUGAUGAUGGCCAAAAGGACCAGCAGAGCGCCCCUUCUCCCUGCUACCCUCUCUCUGAGCAUGAAGAAGUGAUCCUAAGUUCCCUGAAGACUAGCGGUUUUAGCAGUCAUGAAGGGAAUCUGUAUCAAUUAGGUGCCAACUCACAAAAGUGCCAUGCAGAAUGGAUGGAGUCUGAGCUGAGUAACCAAUCACACUGUGACACUGGAAAAGGGACCCGCCCUCAGUGUCCAAAUAUUCAUGCAGAAUGCAGUGACGGCAUAUCGCCACCAGAGAGCAGUACUUUACACAAGCCCAAGCUGUCCAAUAAACAAAGGAAAGAGCACCAGCGUCUGGAGAAGAAGAGGAGGCAGGAGGAGAGACACAGGCAGAAGAUUCUUCAAGGCAAAGCAUCACAUGACCAGAAUCAGAAUCUGUCUGAACCGGUUACCCUUGUGCCUGCUCUCAACACCUUAAGCAUCUAAACAAUCAUGGACAAAGAUAAACUCCGAAGACACUCUUAAGAUGACUCCUAGCUUCUUUCUAUUCAGUUAUCCAAGUACAUUGAAGUAGCUGUUUUUAUACCUGGAGAAUAUGCAGCAGAAAGAGGGCGUAGGAUUUUCUGUGUAGGGUAAGGCUGUCUGGUUGCCUUAGAUAAACAAGCAUAGUCUGUUUUCAACCUUCAAUGAUUUCAGUUAAUUAUCUGAUUUAUAGCCAAAGAACAGUUGUAAAGAAAAUCUAAUAAUAUGGAGGACAGUGUGAAUUUAAGGUUGAUGUUUUCAUGUGCACUUUUUCAUUGAUUUUAUAAGGAAUUCAUUUCUUUAAUUAAGUGCAUGUUCCUAAUGAAUGCUACCAUUCUCAGUUGAAAUCAGUAGUGUUUGAGUUCAUUUACCCUUUCCAUCUCCUUAUACAGAUCUGUCAUCUUUAUAUUUUGCAAUGAAGUGCAAGCUAAUAAUAAACAAGAUUAGUGAAAGA